AUGUCUUCUACUGAUUGUAAAGCACCAAAUAUUGAUCCAAAAACGGGGGAAAUCACAAUUAAUCCAUUGAAGGAGGAUGGCACUCCAAAAACCCCAAAAGAAAUUGAAAAAGAAAGAAAGAAAGCUGAAAAACUAGCAAAGUUUUUGGCUAAACAAGCCAAAAAACAAGCCUCUGCUAAUAGUAAUAAUUCUAAAGGUGCUCCAAAAAAAGAAAAAAAAAAGAAGGAAGUUGAAUCGAUUCCAGAGUUUGUUGACAAAACCAUUUCAGGUGAAAAGAAAAUUUUGGUUAGCUUAGACGAUCCAUCUUUGAAGGCUUACAAUCCACACAACGUCGAAUCUUCUUGGUACGAAUGGUGGGUUAAGAGCAAAUUUUUUGAACCAGAAUUUACUAAAGAUGGUAAAAUCAAACCAGAAGGUUUAUUUUGUAUUCCAGCACCACCACCAAAUGUUACUGGUGCCUUGCAUAUUGGCCAUGCUUUGACUGUUGCAAUUCAAGAUUCUUUGAUUAGAUACAACAGAAUGAAAGGUAAGACUGUUUUAUUUUUGCCUGGUUUUGAUCAUGCCGGUAUUGCUACACAAUCUGUUGUUGAAAAAAAAAUCUGGGCUACCGAAAAGAAAACACGUCACGAUUUUACAAGAGAAGACUUUGUUUCUAGAAUCUGGGAGUGGAAAGAAGAGUAUCAUCAAAGUAUCAAAAACCAAUUUAAAAGGCUAGGUGCUUCUUACGAUUGGACUCGUGAGGCUUUCACCUUGGAUGAAAAUUUAUCCAAGUCUGUUGUGGAGGCCUUUGUUAGAUUGCAUGAUGAGGGGGUCAUCUAUCGUUCUUCAAGGUUAGUUAACUGGUCUGUCAAGUUAAACACUGCGAUUUCUAAUUUAGAAGUUGAAAACAAGGAUAUUAAGGGUAAAACUUUGUUGAAAGUUCCAGGUUAUGAUGAGCCAGUUGAAUUUGGUGUUUUGACGUCUCUUGCAUAUCCAGUUGUAGGUUCAGACGAAGAGUUAAUCAUUGCUACCACACGUCCAGAAACUUUAUUUGGUGAUACCGGUAUUGCUGUCCAUCCUGAUGAUGUUCGUUACAAGCACUUGCAUGGUAAAUUUGCUCAACAUCCAUUUUUGGAUCGUCAAAUUCCAAUUAUCACUGAUUCAGAAGCUGUUGAUAUGGAAUUUGGUACUGGUGCUGUCAAGAUCACACCGGCCCAUGACGCAAACGAUUACAACACUGGUAAACGUCACGACUUGGAGUUUAUUAACAUUUUAACAGAUGAUGGUAAAUUGAACGAGAAUUGUGGUCCAGAAUGGAGAGGUAUGAAGAGAUUUGAUGCUAGAAAGAAGGUUAUUGAAUUAUUGAAGGAAAAAGGUUUGUUUGUUGGUCAAGAAGAUAAUGAGAUGACUAUUCCAACUUGUUCGAGAUCUGGUGAUGUCAUUGAGCCUUUGUUGAAACCACAAUGGUGGGUUGCCCAAGCUAGUAUGGCUAAAGAAGCUAUUUCUGCCGUCAAAAAGGGUGACAUCACUAUAACUCCAAAAUCUUCUGAAGCAGAGUAUUUCCAUUGGUUGGGAAAUAUUCAGGAUUGGUGUAUCUCCAGACAGUUAUGGUGGGGUCAUCGUUGUCCAGUUUACUUUGUCAAUAUUAAAGGUUCAACGGAAGAGGAAAAUGAUGAAAGAAGAAUUACCGGUGAAUACUGGGUUGCUGGGAGAACAGAAGAAGAAGCUUUGUCAAAGGCUACCAAGAAGUUCCCAGGUGUUGAAUUUAGUUUGGAACAGGAUGAAGAUGUUUUGGAUACUUGGUUUUCAUCAGGGUUGUGGCCAUUUUCCACUUUAGGUUGGCCACAAAAAACAGCUGAUAUGGAAACUUUUUACCCAUUUUCUAUGUUAGAAACUGGUUGGGAUAUUUUAUUUUUCUGGGUUGUUAGAAUGAUCUUGUUGGGGAUUAAGUUGACUGGCAGUGUUCCAUUCAAAGAAGUUUUUUGCCACUCUUUGGUUCGUGAUGCUCAAGGUCGUAAGAUGUCCAAAUCUUUGGGUAAUGUUAUUGACCCAUUAGAUGUUAUUAAUGGUAUCAAGUUGGAAGAUUUACAUGCUAAAUUAUUGAAUGGGAAUUUGGAUCCAAGGGAAAUUGAAAAAGCUAAGAUUGGUCAAAAGCAAUCUUAUCCAAACGGUGUUCCACAAUGUGGUACUGAUGCCUUGAGAUUUGCCUUAUGUGCUUAUACUACUGGUGGUCGUGAUAUUAACUUGGAUAUCCUACGUGUUGAAGGUUACAGAAAAUUCUGUAACAAAAUCUACCAAGCUACUAAAUUUGCAUUAAUGAGAUUGGGUGAUGAUUACAAACCUUCUCCAGUUGAAAAGUUGACAGGCAAUGAAUCUUUAGUUGAAAAAUGGAUUUUAUAUCAGUUGAAUCAAACAUCUAAGAUUGUUAAUGAAAGUUUGGACAAGCGUGAUUUCUUGACAUCUACUAGUGCUAUUUAUGAGUUCUGGUACUUGAUUUGUGAUGUCUAUAUUGAGAACUCCAAACAUUUGAUUAACGAAGGUACAGAUGUUGAAAAGAAGUCUGCUAAAGAUACUUUAUACAUUUUGUUGGACAAUGCUUUGAAGUUAAUUCAUCCAUUUAUGCCAUUUAUCUCUGAAGAAAUGUGGCAACGUUUACCAAAAAGAGCAUCUGAAGUUAGUGAAACUAUUGUCAAAGCCGCUUAUCCAGUAUACAAGUCUGAAUAUGACAACAAAGCGGCAGCUGCUGAUUAUGAUUUAGUUUUGGAUAUAACUAAGGGCGCUCGUUCUUUGUUAUCUCAAUAUAAUAUCUUAAAGAAUGGGAAAGUUUUUAUUGAAACUGAAAGUCUAUUUGAGACAGCUGUUUCGCAAAAGGAAUCUAUUGUAUCUUUGAUUAAGGCAAUUGAUGAAGUCAAUGUUGUUAGAAAGGCUUCUGAAGUUCCAGGAGGCUGCGUUUUAGAGGCAAUCAAUGCUGAAGUUAAUGUUCAUGUUUUAGUUAAAGGACAUGUUGACAUUGACGCUGAGAUUUCCAAGACCAAAAAGAAGUUGGAUAAAGCAUUAAAAACUAAAUCAACCAUUGAGAAAACUUUGAACAGUAAAGAUUACGCCAAGAAGGCCAAUGAGGAGUCUAAAGCACAAAACACCAAUAGAUUGGAAAACACAAUCGCUGAAAUUGAGGGUUUCGAAGCUACCAUUGCCAAUUUAGAACGUUUGAAAAUAUGA